UGGUUCGGUUAAAAACAGAAAACUUUUCUACACAAACGCAUUUGGUAACUUGCAUUCCCGGUAAAUUUGCGCGAAAAGCUGAUAAAUUGUGUCUAAACUAGCUAGAAUAAGUUAAAAAGGCGAUUUACUAAAGCAACAACUAAGUUGCGCCUAGCGGUUAUGUUUUUGCCGCUCUCUUCCGGCAGAAGAUCGUAAACAAUUUUGCUUGAAAUUUCCCGCCGGAGUGGCCGCCUAACUUACACCGAAUCAGAAUGAGCCAACUGGAGCGUUCGCUGCUGCUGCUGGACGAGUCCGUGGUCAAGUCGAAGCGGGGCUUGCUUCGGGCCAAAGACCGUGAAUUCCGCAGCCCGCAUCUCCACCAAACGUUGGACGAUUCGAGCGCGAUGGACUUUGACCUGUCGGUGACGGUCGGGCCGCAGGAGAUCCGGAGCUUCAUGCUGGACGCGAACAACACGCGCGAGCAGCUGUCCGGCAGUCGGUUGAGUUUGGCGGGGAGUUUGACCAGCGUGACCGGAGCUAACGUGAAGAACCGGGCGGAUGCGCUGUUUGGCCAGUUUUUGGAGGUUUUGCAGCGGCGAAGCAGCGAGUCGGAGGUAUUUGAGACGGUGGAGGAUUUGAUCGAGACGUUGGACGAAGCGUUGGGCGGGAUCGGGAAGAUAACGGGAGGGGCGCCUGUUGGAAGGGAGAGAAAAGUGCUGGCGGAGGAAGCUUGGUUGAGCGUUGAGAGGGACACUUGGAAGUUGCUGUUUGCGCUUUACAAGGACCGGCUGGUGGUGCAGAAGGAGGAUUUGGAGGUUGACGAUUUGGUCCUGGGGAAUAGCGAGCGGGCUAUUGUGGAGCAUUUGUAUACGGCCAAUUCGAACCUCCGCGAGUAUCAGCUGAUUGUGGAUUGGCUUGAGCAGACAGCGCUGGAGCAGAACCGGAUGCAGGUUGGUCACUUUACCGAUCGGACGAUUGCCUGGGAGAACACGCUGCACCAGCUGCAGAACGUUGGUUUUACGGCGUUUGGAAGUUCACGGGAAAUCGUAAAGAGCUUGGAUCCGGACGCUCCGGCUCGCGAGCGGCGUCCACUGCACGAUCUGGACCAGGAAGAUCAAGGUCGGCUGUCGCGUCAAAUUUUCAAGGAGAUUCGCUUCGGUCGCAUCGAGGACGCCCAAAACCUUUGCGAGCACUGCGGUCAACCGUGGCGUGCCGCAAUUCUGGAAGGCUGGCGCUUGCAUCACGAUCCCAACUACGAACCGGCGGCGGCCACUUUCGGGGCCGGACUUGUCGCAAAUUUGAAGCAGGCCAUUGAGGGCAAUCCGCGCCGGGAUUUGUGGAAAAAGUUUGCCUGGAAAAUGGCCGAAAGUCGCACCGUCGAUGAAUAUUCUCGUGCGAUGAUUGGGGCCUUCUGUGGCCAUUUGGACGCGCUGCUGGCCGUUCUCGGCGAACACAGCUGGUCUGAUGUUUUGUGGGCGUAUUUGAAAGUCCAGAUUGACAUCCGUGUUGAGAGUGAAAUCCGUUCGCACUGCGUCAAGAGUUACCUUCCAAUGCCGGAAAAGUACUGGAACAACAAAAUGUCGUUGGAGCAAAUCUUCGAAGAGCUUGAAGCGCACAAAAAUCCACGCAUAAAGGUCACAGCACGAGACGUGGACCGCGUCAUCCAGAAGUACCUCAUCCUGGACGACAUCCCUGAGCUUAUGCGCCAACUUGACCAGUGGCUCGCCGAUCCAACCUUCCCGCUGACUGCGCAAAUUCUACGCUUCCUCACCCAUCUGGUGCUGUUCGUGCGUCAAAUUGGUAAACAGUGCCAGGAGGACAUCGGCGACCGUGUCAUCAAGCGGUACGUGGAGUGCCUGAUCCGGUUCGGCGAUCCCCAGCUGGUGGCAUUCUACACGGCGGCCCUUCCCGCCGACCUGCAGCUGUUGAUGUAUUCUAACUUUUUGGAAACAAUCAAGGAAAGUGCCGCCCGCAAACGAGCCCUCGAAGAGGCGUACAACUUUGGGCUGGACGUUCCGGCCAUCACGGUGUACACGGUCGAGAAGGUGCGCAACCGGGAGGAGGACGAGGCCGACGGGAAGCCGCAAGAAGGUGACCUUACUCCGCUGGAUCAGUCCAAGAUCUCCGCCCUAGAGUGGCUCGUGUUCUACCCGAACCAGCGCGGAGAGCUUCUGUGGCAAACGAACGCCCUGAUCCGGGCAUUCCUCGCAAAACGUAACGUCGAGGCAGCUCGCAAAGCGUUCGCCGUGGUCCCAGCCGACACCAUUCAGCAGAUCAUCAACGCGUACGGCUCCAAGGACGACCUGCCGCACAAGGAGGAGGUCAGCAUCAAGGAGUAUCUGUGCCACCAAACGUACCUGGCGGCCAUCGACGGGUACAAUGACUGGGUCGAGUACUACUACAACAUGAAACCCAAGCGGCCGCAGCUGGUCAAGUCAAGCAACUUCACCGAACGUAUCGCGUCCGAGCACCGCGAGCAAACGUACCGCAUGGACCUGGAGCGGUGGCACGCUCAGCUGCAGGAACAAACGACGGUCACGCGCGAUCUGCUGUACAACAUCCUACUCUUCCCCGAGCGCGGCUGGCUGAUGGACCCGGACAACGGCGGCAAGGAAAACGACGACCUGAACGAGGAAGACUGGCGCCACCGCACCGUCCAGAUGGACAGCCUGCGCAAGCUGUGUAUCCCCGACGUGGUGCUGCUGCUGCACCAAAUCUUCACCCUGUCGGAACGGUUCAGCGAAUGCCUACAGCUGGCGGACGUGAUCGGGUCCGAGCAGCGGCAGCUAUACAAGCUGUACUCGAAGCACAAGCUAGCCGAAGUGAUGGCCAAGAUUGCCGAGUCGUCGCUGGCGCUGAUGAACGAAAAGCUGGACCCGUUCGUCGGCGAGGAGGGUAAGAAGAAGUAGGCGGCGGAACGUGCGUAAGGUAGUUUGUGUUUUUUCUUGUUAACAAUAAAAUUCCCCUUUUCUCAUUCUA